CAUCACUCUCCAUCACCACCACCACCUACCUACACGGCGACGACGACGGUGACGGCGAAACACACACUUUUGAAGAGCUAGUCAACCACUCUUGUGGGAUAACCACUACUAUGGCUGUGUCCUACUAUUCCCCAGCUUCGCGCAAGCAGCAGAUCCCUCAGGUAUCCGAGGAGAGCGCUGAGGCGCCUCGCGUCGCCCAAGAUAUGCAGGAGGCGUAUGUCGGAGCUAAAGAGAGGCUGUUGAAUGCCAUCGACUCUACAAAAUCGCUACUUGGCGGUCUUCGUGACUUCAAUAAGAAGUCAUGGGUUGUCAGGUACCCCCAACUGCAGGAGCAGUCCGAGGAGAGUGCAGAGCAGCCUGCGUUGCCGAAGCGACGCAAGGGCAUGCGCCGCUCUCUCUCCUUCCCGGAUGAUCCGAACUUCCAGGCGGAGGUUGUCGUUAACCCAGCUCGUGCAGGCAUGGCCCGUUCCAUGACCUUGGCGUCCGUCGCAGAUGCCGAGGAGGAGCCGGAGACUACUCAACAGGAGUCGGCCGAGGGCCUCAUCCCUUCCGCUGAUAUCGCUGACUUCCACGUUAUCCGCCUUGACCUCAAGUUGGGCGCACACGGUUCAACAAGCUCCCCCGCGACGCUCGUCUCGCAGCUGGAGAAGUCGUCCAUUGCCAAUCUACUGGACGAGCGGAUCAGCAAUGCUGUCACUCACAUCGACAGGCUCCGCCUGCGCGUGGAGGACACCUCGUCCAAAGUCCUCGUCACUGGUGACCUGAACGCCGGCAAGUCGACAUUUGUAAACACGCUGUUGCGUCGCCAGGUCAUGCCUGUUGAUCAGCAGCCAUGCACGACUGCGUUCUGCGAGAUCCAUGAUGCUGUCGCGGAGAAUGACGGCAAGGAGGAGGUCCACAUUCUCAAAGACGGCGUUUCCUACAGCAAGGAGGACGACUCGACGUUCACGCGGGCCGCGCUCUCAGACCUGGAGUCGUUUGUAUCCGAGAACGAAAACGAGUCGCAGGUGCUCAAGAUCUACCUGUCUGACACCCGUGACCCGGCCAGUUCGCUGCUCCACAAUGGCGUCGUCGACAUCUCGCUCAUCGAUGCCCCGGGUCUCAACCGCGACCUCGUCAAGACGACGUCAGUGUUCACGCGCCAGGAGGAGAUUGACGUUGUCGUGUUUGUGGUCUCGGCGGAAAACCACUUCACCUUGUCGGCGAAGGAGUUCUUGACGACCGCCAGCAAGGAGAAGGCGUAUAUCUUCAUCGUUGUUAACAAGUACGACCACAUCCGCGACAAGGCCAAGUGCAAGCGGCUUGUGCUGCAGCAGAUCAAGGAGCUCAGCCCGGCGACGUACGAAAACGCCGAGGAGCUUGUGCAUUUCGUCGAUUCUGUGGCCGCCAUCGAGAACGGCACCCCGUCCUUUGACGAGCUCGAGUCGUCGCUCCGCUCAUUCGUUCUCGUCAAGCGCUCCAAGUCGAAGCUCGCGCCUGCGUCGACGUACCUCCACCACAUUCUCUCUGAUGUCAACCUCCUCGUCGGUGCCAAUGCCAUCGUCGCUGAAUCCGAGCUCAAGCGCGCUCUCGACGACCUCGAUAGGUCGCGCCCCGUUCUCGAGAAGAUGAAGAACGGCCGCCAGGCAUUGGAAGACAGCCUGGAGUCUGUCGAGGAGGAAGGCGCGACGGCAACGCGCAGCCGCACGAAGGAGCUGCUCACAGCUGCUCUCGACCGUGUCAGCCAGGGCAAGCUCGGCGUUGACAUGGCUUCGCUCAAGAUGCCGUCUUACCCUGGUCUGCUCAACAUCUGGGACUACGCUCGUGACGUCAAGUAUGCUCUGCUCGCGAGCCUUGACAUGGCUGUUAAGCUGGCCGAGGACGAGGCACGUGUCACGACAUCGAACUCGGUCAACAAGAUCAACGGUCUGGGCGAUGAGCACCUGCCUGAGGGCAUCGAGCGGCCGCGCAGGGUCUUUAUUCCCGAGGCUAUGUUCUCCCCGCGCACCGACAAGAACGCACGGAGGAAGAGCCGGCACGUGUCGAGUGGUGCCGUCGUCGCGGGCGGCAUGCUCGGCCUGGGCAUCGGCCUCGCGCGGCGUCCGGACAUGCUGGAGACGAGCUUCUUCGACCUGUUCGACGUGCACCACCAGUUCUGGGUCACGUUCGGCGACAAGAAGGCCGAGGACGAGGAGGAGAGCCCGAUGACCGCUCUCAGUGUCGCGUCUGUUGGUAUCGGCGCGGUGACGAUGGUCGGCGGGCAGGCGCUUGGCGCCCGCGGGAUUGUCGAGGGCCUCAUGCGCAUCGGGGCGCUCUUCGAGAGCGAGAGCGCACGCAAGUGGGCAGCGCCCGUUCUCGGCGCCGUCACCAUCGGUGCGGCAGUGUACUUCGUCCUCGAGCUUCCGAGCACCAUCCCAAGGACAGUUGGCCGUCGGAUCAAGGCUACGCUGGCGAAGGAGGCGGAGGAGCGGGGUGCGGAGGGCACGUUCGUGGAGUCGAAUGCGAUUCGGGUCAGUCGGGAGACACGUAAGGUGCUCCGGCUGGCGUCGUGGGACCUCAAGGAGUGCUUCCGCACGGCGAUGGACGAGAAGAACCGGGAGGUGCAGGGCGCGGAGGACGUGGAGCGCAAGGCGAAGAAGGCGCUCGAGUACUUCCUCAGCGUCGAGCGUGAGUCCAGCGAGGUGCGCAAGCUUGCCGGGUUGGGCCUGACCGCGUAAGGUGUCGUUGGUAUCCUUUGGUUUCUGCGUUGAAAUCUUUGAUGUUGCGGCGCGCGGCCUGUGUGGCCCGCUGUCGAGUAGAACGCGCCUCGUUGGGCGCAUUACAUCCUUCGGCUAAUUCGUACGUUCAGUUCUGUAAUUUCGUCCGUCGCUCCUUCAUGCUCCCUUGUUUCUCUCGUCUUACAGUACGGAUCCUCUUGUAUGCUAGAUCGCUCCUCCUAUGCGGAUGUCUGCUACGUUACGUGUACCUCACGACCUGUCAGCAGCUGUGUUGCCAAAUCUUUGCAAUACAAUGCUGUGUUACGAACCUCUCCUUCUGUACAUAUCUGCGACGUGUCUCGGUGGGC